CAUAAUUUUUCCGAAUCAAAACAUUGCAUUUUUUCUUGAAAAACUCUCAAAAAAUCGAGUUUUCAGUAAGAAAUUUCCACUCAAGUCCAUUACUCAACAAAAAAUUCACCAAAACCCGUCACAAUGUUAGACGAAAAAAUCGACCAACUUGUCCAAAUGUUGGAAAAGCAGGAAAUGGAAGCAACAAACAUUUCGGCAACGAUUUACACAGAACUCCUGGCCGCCUAUUUGUAUCAGGGCGACUUGAAUAACGUGAAUUACCUGUGGAAACGGAUUCCGGCGAGCGUAAAACAGGGAAAUCGUGAACUCGAACGCAUGCGACAAAUUUACCGGCAUCUCGUCGACAACGAUUAUCCGGCAUUUUAUCGUGCCAUGGACUACGAGUGGUCUCGUAAUGUUGCCGAAAUCAUGUUUGAGCUGAAGAAUAAGGUGCGACAAGAGUGUUUGAGCACCGUCGGCAAGACGUAUGUCACAAUUUUCCAAAGCGUACUCAUGGGCAUUGCGAAUUUGACGGCGGAUCAGAUUGAGGAGACUUGCAAAACGAUGGGAUGGGAACUUACGCCGGGCAACGAUCCGAUUAUCGUGAUUAAGAAGCAAGCAACGGAGAUGAAAGUUCCUCCGGCAACGUGUGAGGCGCAAUUAGCGAUGUUGACGGAUUUCAUUUCGUUCCUGGAAAAUUAAAAAAUUUUCUUUGUGAUUAAUUCUUAAGUUUUUUUUGGGCUUCAAGCACUUUUUAAUAAAGUAAUAAUUUGAUAAAUUAUA